AUCAUCUUCUAAAUCCCAACCCCAUUUUUGAUUUCUCAUUUCUACGUUAUUGUUUGGAAAUUUUGUUUUACGAAAUCGUCUCAUAUCGAUUUCUCAUUACCAUUGUAAUUGUUGUUCAGAUAUUGAUCGGCCUGUAGUAAUUUGGCUCGUGUAUAGAGCCCUCAGGCCUAGAGGAUGACACAAGAAUCGUCAUCUGAGCAAGAACUUGAAGAUUCUGAUGUUGAUUUCGUCGAAGUCGAUCCCACUGGUCGUUAUGGUCGGUACAAAGAGAUUCUAGGAAAAGGUGCUUGUAAAAAAGUAUACAGAGCGUUUGAUGAAUUGGAAGGUAUAGAGGUAGCUUGGAAUCAGGUGAAGGUGGCAGAUUUGUUGCGUAACUCCGUGGAUUUGGAGCGUUUGUAUUCUGAAGUUCACUUGCUCAAGACAUUAAAGCAUAAGAACAUCAUCAAGUUUUACAAUUCAUGGGUUGAUACGAAAAAUGAGAACAUCAACUUCAUCACAGAGAUUUUCACUUCUGGGACUUUGCGGCAGUACCGCAAGAAACAUAAGCACGUUGAUAUAAGAGCCUUGAAGAAAUGGUCCAGACAAAUUUUAGAAGGACUUCUGUAUCUACACAGUCAUGACCCACCAGUUAUCCAUAGAGAUUUGAAGUGUGACAACAUUUUUGUUAAUGGAAACCAAGGUGAAGUGAAGAUAGGGGACUUGGGUUUGGCUGCUAUUCUUCAGCAGGCUCGAGCAGCUCAUAGCGUCAUUGGUACACCUGAGUUCAUGGCACCUGAGUUGUAUGAGGAGGAAUACAAUGAGCUUGUCGACAUCUAUGCGUUUGGCAUGUGCUUGUUGGAGCUAGUCACCUUUGAGUAUCCAUAUGUAGAAUGUUCAAAUGCUGCUCAAAUAUAUAAGAAAGUGACAUCGGGUAUAAAACCAGCAUCAUUAGCAAAGGUACAAGAUCAGAGUGUGAAAGCAUUUAUUCAAAAGUGCAUAGCAAGUGUCGCUGAUCGAUUAUCUGCUAGAGAACUCUUAAUUGAUCCGUUUCUCCGAUCAGAUGAAGAAAGUGAAUCUGUAGCUCAUGGUAUACAAUCAAAAUCUGGGAGUGGAAGCAUUGAUCAAACCAAUUUUUUAAGAAUUGGAGGAGAUUGUUCAAGUGAUCACACUAGAGACUUCAUUGUACAAGGCCAGAGGAAAGAUGUAAAUACAAUAUUCUUGAAGUUACGAAUUGCAGACUCUACAGGUCAUUUUCGCAAUAUCCAUUUCCCUUUUGAUAUUGAAGUGGAUACGGCACUUGCUGUUGCAAGUGAAAUGGUUGAGGAGUUGGACUUAACUGAUCAAGAUGUAUCGAUGAUUGCUGAAAUGAUUGAUACAGAAAUUCGAUCUCAUAUUCCAAACUGGGCAUCUGAGCCAAAUGAUGAGGGUGGAAACACUAUAGAUGCAGAGGCAUUUGAUAAUGAGACCAAAGAUGAUGAAAAUAAGGAUGAAGGCUCUCCCUUUUCUAAUGAAUCAACUUGCUCAUCAAGUGCCCUUGCGUUGGAAAUAUUGCCUUCGGGGAGGAAAUAUUGGUCAGACUCUCCUAAGGGAGUCGGACUAAGCUCUCCAAAAAGGUCUGGACCAUCUCGUUUAGCAGAUCAUGAAGAUUCUCACUCGAUUCAUGAACACGACCAUCAUGAUAGUGGUGUUGAUUCACAUGAAAUAUUGGUUGUUGGGACAACUGCAAAUGAUGAUAACGAACGUAAAGAUUCAGAUUCUACUGGGAUUGAAACUACAGUUGAAUUAGAUGUUAAGGUAGUGGCCUCCGCCAUGGCAAUCUCCGCCUCCGCCACAGCUUCCUCUUCCUCAAGGCUAGCUGCCGUCUACUCACCAGCCGCCGCUUCCCCCUCCUCUCCGGCCGCUACUUUCAACUUCGCCUCGAAACCUACCAAAUUGACCCUCCUCUCUUCCUCCUUCAUCUCCCCUUUCCUACCCACCACCACCACCUCCGUCCCCCGCCACCGCGGCGAAGCCUCCUUCACAGUCCGAGCAGCGAGGGGAAAGUUCGAGCGGAAGAAGCCCCACCUCAACAUCGGCACAAUUGGCCAUGUCGACCACGGCAAGACAACCCUCACCGCCGCCCUAACCAUGGCCCUCGCCUCCAUGGGCAACAGCGCGCCCAAGAAGUACGACGAGAUCGACGCCGCACCCGAGGAGAGAGCCCGCGGCAUCACCAUCAACACCGCCACCGUCGAGUACGAGACCGAGAACCGCCACUACGCCCACGUCGACUGCCCCGGCCACGCCGAUUACGUCAAGAACAUGAUCACCGGCGCUGCGCAGAUGGACGGUGCCAUCCUCGUCUGCUCCGGCGCAGACGGGCCCAUGCCCCAGACCAAGGAGCACAUCUUGCUCGCCAAGCAGGUCGGGGUUCCCAACAUGGUGGUGUUCUUGAACAAGCAGGACCAGGUGGACGACGAGGAGCUGCUGCAAUUGGUCGAAUUGGAGGUUCGUGAGCUGUUGUCUUCUUAUGAAUUUCCUGGUGAUGAUAUCCCAAUUAUCUCUGGUUCGGCCCUUUUGGCCUUGGAAGCUUUGAUGGCCAAUCCAGCCAUUAAGCGAGGGGACAACGAAUGGGUUGAUAAAAUCUAUCAGCUGAUGGAUUCUGUGGAUGAGUACAUUCCCAUCCCACAGCGGCAGACUGAACUGCCAUUCUUGCUUGCUGUGGAAGAUGUGUUCUCCAUCACAGGUCGUGGCACUGUGGCCACUGGCAGGGUUGAAAGAGGAACCGUUAAGGUUGGUGAGACAGUUGACCUUGUGGGUUUGAAAGAUACUAGGAAUUUCACUGUUACUGGAGUUGAGAUGUUCCAGAAGAUUUUGGAUGAGGCUCUGGCUGGGGACAAUGUAGGGUUGUUGCUUAGAGGUGUGCAGAAGGCUGAUAUUCAGAGAGGGAUGGUGUUGGCUAAACCGGGCUCCAUUACUCCCCACACUAAAUUUGAAGCCAUUGUCUAUGUCUUGAAAAAGGAAGAAGGAGGGAGGCAUUCCCCGUUUUUUGCAGGUUACAGGCCGCAGUUUUACAUGAGAACCACUGAUGUCACCGGGAAGGUUUCGUCGAUUAUGAACGAUAAGGAUGAGGAGUCGAAGAUGGUUAUGCCCGGCGAUCGAGUGAAGUUGGUGGUGGAGCUCAUUAUGCCCGUUGCUUGUGAACAAGGGAUGAGGUUUGCUAUCAGAGAAGGAGGGAAGACCGUUGGAGCUGGUGUUAUCCAGAAAAUCCUUGAGUAA